CGCGGAACCGUAUAAUUCAAAAUCCAUGUAAACAUCAAAUGCAACAAAGGCCUUUGUUCUUGAACCAAGAUUCUCACAGCGAUGAUUAGCUCAGAGUCCAAGAAACCAACUGUGUCUUUCGACAAAAAGUCAGGUCCUAGGGUCUUGCCUCCAAUCUUUCCUCCGUUUCCGGCAGUGCCACACGGUGUCACCAUAAUUCCUUUCAAAGAUUUUACGCCGUACGGCUACAAACGCCUUAGAACAGAAACUGGAGAAGAGAUCGAAGUUGAUGCUCUUGGUGGCUUGCCUACCGUGAAGGUUCUCUCUGAAGAAGAGGUCAUUCAGAGAAAUAAAGACAGAAGACGGCGCAGAAAUGCAGGACAGAGCGCGGAUGCUACAGGAAGAAUCGUGCCUUGGUGGGAGGAAUGGGAAGAGGGUGAAAAUUCGCGUACCACGAGCGAGCCAAUGGAACUGCAGAAAAGCCUCAUCGAUCGGAUCCACCAAGCAGCGGAUGAUUUCCGGAUUGGCCGUACAUGGCCACCGAUAUCUUCAGGAGUCAGAUCAUUAUGGGAUCAUUUUCGUUUAUACAUCGGCCUUCUGUCUACCUUGCCGAUCUACCGCAAAGUCAGGAAGUCUAAGGGCAAUACGGACAUGACUUGUGAAGGUGGUGACGCCUCGGAUAACGAUGAUGCUCCAAAAGCAAGACAAAUAAACCCCAAUAUUAUUCAAGAUCCACUGGAACAGAUCGCCCAUCCAGGCAAACAGCUGGAGCCAACGGAAGGAGAGGCAGAUGUCACGGCUCGUUUACUUGAAACUUUCCUUGAAGACAUGGAAAAGUCUAUCAAGGUCUUCAUGUCUUCGUACAUGCGGGAUAAAGGUUUAAUCUGGUCAGAACGCAACCUUUUCAUUGCACCCACAGUACUCCACUUUUUCCUUCGUUUCAUGCAGCGGAACGGGGUUUUCGCUGGUUUUGAGACUCACACCGAAAAUUUAAACCGCGCGGUAGUUGUUGCCGAGCUCGCUAUCAGGGAGCUCCCUCUGACGGCUAGGGUUGCGCGAGUUUUGCCGGGUAUGUUCGAUGCUGCGUGCAAGGAGUGCUGGGGAUACAAAGGAAGCCUCAGCAUGUGCAUCUCCACCACUCUUGACUCGGAGGAUGGAUGUACUGGCACUGAUACACCUCCUUCGUCUACUGUUGGCACAUUUGAGGAGGCGCUCAAAGCUGAUCAUGCUGAAAUCGUAUCUUCGGACGUUGUCCUUGAUUCGUUAAUGGCCAAGGAGGUUUUGGAUGAUACCCUCGGCUCUGGUGAUGCCGUGAAUGUUUCUCCUCCGGCGAAUGACCCCUGGGCUGCAGCUAUCACUGCGGAGCAGAACACUACGGUAUCGUGGACUGAUGUCAAAGUUGACUCACUGUUUACCUUCCUUGGCCCAACUCAAUUGCCUUUGACGCAUACCGUUGGUAUCGUCGAGUUCUCCACGCGCAAAGUCAAAAAAAUAAUGCUGCCAGAAGCUAUCAAUUCAAUUCCAGAUUCUCCCCCAAUAGCAAUUGAGCAGGAGCUAGGAAAUCGCUUCGCUCGUGUCGUGCUGGAACCUUGGGUUCGCACCCCAACAGAUGAGCUUCUUGAUAUCGCGAGACCUGUCAUCGUGUCAUCCAGUCGCGGAGCCGUCAUCAAGGACCCAUUCGCGGACAAUACUGAUGUAUCUGAUACCCACUACCCUUCUGAUACAUACAACCCCUGCCAUGACGACCUGACUAUACUCAUCGACCCAGCGUCCGUAGAUUGCUUCCACGUCGGCCUUGGCUUGUGCGGCACAUGGGUCCAAAUGGCUCGUUGUGAAGAUGUGGAGAGUUCUAUCGUUCCUAUUGACCAAGGUACUCCGCGUGUCAGCAAGCAUCCUCGCGAUUGCUUCUGGUAUCUAGAGGCCGUUGUAUCUAUCUUCCCCAGCUUUUACACGGAGUCGGAGGUGGAGAUUGACCUUGGCCAGACAACCGACAAUGAUGACCUCUAGGUCGCAAUUCUGCAGCUUUUUGGUAUACCGGUAUAGGAAGAGAUCACCAUUGUAUGUUUUAUUACCAUAGAUAUUUCUCAUCACGAUUAAUAUGCUUUAUUUCAUCUUGCUGAACUAGUUUUACACGUUGGUAGCCGAACUUUCAUACAUACAAAGGUAUUAGUUAUUGAAGUUCGCGCCAUACAAUGUGUAUUAUUUGUGUAUAUCCAGCCUCAUCGUUUCGACAAGAAAACAACUGUACUGAGAGCACAAAUAGAGAUACAAGUACACUUAGGGGUAAGUACAUAGUAUUGUAUUGUAUUACGCUUAUCAGUUAUGAGCACGAUCGAGGGAGUUCAC